UAAUUAAAAAUGGCAUCACCAAAAUGAAAACUAGUUUCCACGAAUAUUCUCCAGGAAAUUCUUCUCUAUUAUCCAUUAUUACAUUUCUUUUUCCCCUCUGUUCAAAACCACCACCUUUCUCUCACCACUCACCUCAAAACCCACUUCAAAAAAUUCUCCCUUUUUCUCUCAAACUAAUCCAAUGCCCACUUUCCCAAGAAAGAAACGAGUCACUGAUCCCUUCGACAACCAGGCUCGAGCCCGACUCAUCGGUCACUGGAAUUUUAACUCCACCAGUACCCAAUGUUCCGGCGACUCUCUCUCCCUGUCUAAUCUCGUCCACGGUUUCCUAGAAGAAGACACUAAUAGCGAGGAUAAAGUCUUUGAUGACUCCGACUGUGACCGAGUUGACUCAGUUAAAGGCUCAGACGAUAUCGCGAGUGACGCAGCCAGGGUCGCAAUCUCACUCUACAAUGCUGACUCUUACCAGAACUUACUUAUCGCGCAUGUUUCUGAGGCUGUUGAGAAGUUUGCGAUUCUGAAGGAGCAAAACGCAAGGCUCUUCCAUCAGAAGGUGGCAGUGUUUCUCCGGGACAGGCGGCACAACGCUAUGGUAUGCGAGACCACGCCGGACACAUGUGGUGGGAACCACGAGUUCAUCGACGUGGUUCAAUCUGGAAGCACCACGUGGCGGUACUUCGUGGACCUUGACUUCCGCACACAGUUUGAGAUCGCUCGGCCUACGCAAAGGUUCUCGGAGGUACUGGCUGCCGUUCCCUGCAUCUUUGUUGGAUGCGCCGAGGAGCUGAAGCGCAUAGUUUUCACGGUGUGUGAGGCGUUGAGACACUGUUUUAGGAACAAGGGUCUUCCAAUUCCACCCUGGAGGAAGAACCUGUACAUGCAGAAUAAGUGGUUUGGUCCGUGUCGCAGAUCCGCAGACCCGGUUCGGAUGGCUGUGAACGGCGUUAGUUGCAGGUUGGUGGGGUUCGACAACACAGUCUUUGAAACUGGCAGUGGUGUGCUGUUCGGACAAGAUGAUCCAAGUAGAAGUGUUUAUUAGAUUAUGAUUAUUAUAAUUUAAUAAAAUAAUCAUAGUUUUGUUUCUGCUAUUCAGGGAAGGAUCUAUUUUACGAAAUUGCAGUGUAAAAAUUAAAUUAGAACUUUGAGUUUGUCCAUUUUAGUACCAUCACUCACUAUAUUGUUUGAGUUUAAUUU